AUGGACGGCCCCGGAUACACCUCUGCGUCGUCUGCGUCCGCUCAUACCGCAACUUCACAUCGUCGCAAGCUCAUCAAGAAGCCUCCCUCUCACGCCUACGCCCGCUCCUCGUCUGGCUUCGAUGGUGGUGGUGGCUUCGACGCCCAGUCCCUCGAGAGCAAACGCAGCUCGCAGAGCCUGAGAAGGGCCCCCAGCGCUCCCCCAGCCCGCUCCAACCCCGCGGCCGUCGACUGGUAUUCCAACCAAGAGUCUGACUUGGCCAACAACACCAUCCGUCCGAUCCCAUCUCCAAACUUGGCCAACGCCGACUUUGCCCCCGCCAGCCACUGGGCGCCCGUACCUCGUCAUACCGACCGCCUCUCCGAUUCCCACCUGCGCCCUCUGAGCAGGACCGCCCCCGACGACCUGAUCGGCGCCCCCUUCGACGGCGCAGCAAUCCUGAACCGCAUCGAGUCCACAAAGGCUCCGAGCCCAAAGGCUCCCGUCCACCGUCACUUUCCGCCCCAGUUCAAGCACCCUAACGACGUGAAGCUUGCGACUCCCGUUUUGCGAUCUUCGGCCAGCUUUACCGCGAUGGAUUCGUCCCUGUCGGAAAAGGGCCUCGGCCCAAGGGCCCCGACCGAUGGCCCAUCUAUCAACCCCAAGCGAUAUUCAGACGACGGCAGAGAUUCAAAGCCUGCCGUCCUGCGCAAAAAGUCGGGCUUUUCGGGCUUCAUGAACAGUCUAGUCGGCUCGCCCAAGAAGCCCAUCAUCUCGGCCCCAGAGAACCCCGUUCACGUCACCCACGUCGGCUACGACAGUUCGACCGGCCAGUUCACCGGUCUGCCCAAGGAAUGGCAACGGCUUAUCAACGAGAGCGGAAUUCCCGAAAAGGAGAGGCGAGAGAACCCGCAGACCAUGGUUAAUAUUUUGCAGUUCUACAAGGAGACGACCGAACGGCCUCCUGAGGACCAGAGCCUCGAAAAGUUCCAUCAUGCGGGUAACUACGCCACUUCUCCGGCGACUGCAGCAUCACCGGGCAUGUACCCGUCAAACUAUAUGGGUAUGUCACCGAAUACUAGUUCCACGAACCCCAGGUUUCCAACUGUCAAUCAUGAAGGAAGUUUUGAGAAUCCCCGGGCCCCCCCGCCCGUUCCCAGAGGUCACGUCCCCGGCAAGGACCUGAUGCCCAGCCGUCCGGCCCCGAAGCCGCCUGUCAGCAUGAACAACCGGCAUAUGCCUCAAGGGGCCUACGCCGCCAAGGAUUCCGGCAUCGGUAUGUCCCAGCCCGGCGACGACUCUUACGGUAUGUCCAAGGACAACGGUCCUAUGCUCCCCGAGGAGCACCGGUCAAGGUCCAACUCGCGCGCCGCCGGACCUACACCCUACGCUCCGACAGGCCCCCAGCCCAACCCAGCGCUCGCCCAAGCUCAAGCCGCCGCCUAUCAGCAACAACUCUUGCAACAGCAGCAGGAGCAGGCUCUUGCACAGGCACAAGCCGCCAUGUCUGGUGGAGUCGGCCGGGCUCCCAGCAAGCGAACCCCUCACCAGACCGCCAACCAGCCCAAUGCCGCCUAUGGACGUGUUCCCGAUGCCAACGGAGUGGCCAAUGCUCCUCGUCAGCAAGCCGGCCCAGCAGGUGUACCCGGAGCCAGGCCACGACACCGAGCUCGCCAGAGCGCAGCCAUCGAUGUGGUCGCCUCGCUCAAGCGGAUAUGUAACGAGGGUGAUCCCCGAGACAUUUACCGCGGGUUUAACAAGAUUGGUCAGGGUGCGUCUGGUGGUGUCUUUACUGGCCAUGAGCGCGGCUCGAAUCGACUGGUCGCUAUCAAGCAGAUGAAUCUCGAGCAGCAACCUAAGAAGGACCUGAUCAUCAACGAGAUUCUCGUCAUGAAGGACAGCUCACAUCCCAACAUUGUCAACUUUAUCGACAGCUACCUGUGCGGAGGCGAGCUGUGGGUUGUCAUGGAGUUUAUGGAGGGUGGCAGCCUUACGGAUGUUGUCACCUUUAACAUCAUGUCAGAAGGACAAAUUGCGUCAGUGUGCCGGGAGACCCUCAACGGCCUGCAGCACCUGCAUUCCAAGGGCGUCAUCCACCGAGAUAUCAAGUCGGACAACAUUCUGCUGUCCAUGGAGGGCAACAUUAAGCUGACCGACUUUGGAUUCUGCGCCACCAUCAACGAGGCUCAGAACAAGCGAACAACCAUGGUGGGCACACCGUACUGGAUGGCACCCGAGGUUGUCACUAGGAAAGAGUACGGACGCAAGGUGGAUAUUUGGUCUCUGGGCAUCAUGGCGAUCGAAAUGAUAGAAGGCGAGCCGCCAUACCUGACCGAAUCUCCCUUGCGUGCGCUGUGGUUGAUUGCGACCAACGGAACACCUCACAUCAAGAACGAGCAGGAUCUGUCACCCAUGUUCAAGGACUUUUUGUACUUUGCGCUCAAGGUGGAUCCUGAGAAGCGAGCAAGCGCCCAUGAUCUACUUCGGCACGAAUUCAUGAAGCAGUGUGUCGACCUGUCUCAACUCUCGCCGUUGGUACGAGCUGCCCGAGAACAAAAGGCUCAAGAGAAGGCUCGCAAGGGGCAGUAG